UACCAUUUUCCCCAGAAUGGCUCUCUCCGGACCGGGUGGCUUCCUCUCUGAGGAUCAGUUCAUCUGUUCUAUCUGCCUGGAUGUGUUCACCAACCCAGUCUCCACACCCUGUGGUCACAGCUACUGUCUGGACUGCAUCUCCACCUACUGGGAUGGAGGAGGAGGGAAGACGUGUGUGUGCCCGCUGUGUAAGGAGAGCUUCAAGAAGAGGCCGGAACUUCACAUCAACCGCACCCUGAAGGAGAUCACCGAGCAGUUUAAGAAGAUGGCGGACGGAUUGGACCGGGGGGCCAUGGUGUUUGAAGGAGGGAUUGAGAGUCAAGGUUGGGGUGGCAGUGGAAAUGAGGAGGUGUCAUACGGGGUUGAGCGUCCUCCGGUCCCUCCAAGACCCCCAGGGAUGGGUGUGAUGCCUGGGGAUUUGUUGUUGGAGAUGAAGACCAGGUUCCAACGACCUUCGAACUCCAGAACCCCUCCGCCCGUCCUCCACCCCCACCCACCCUCACCCUUCUCCUCCAACACCACCGCCCUCUCGCCCCCCGCCCCUCCUGUUGUCCCACGCAGAUACACCCUGAGCGGGCCGGCUGAUUCCUUCACCGACGCGCCUCUCUGUCCUGAACACCAGAGGGGGCUGGAGUUCUUCUGCCGGACAGACCAGACAUGUGGGUGUGCCGUGUGCAUGGAGGGAGAGCACCAUGGACACCAGGUUAUACCAGCCAAGAGAGAGUGGCUCAUUAAGAAGUCUCAGUUGGAAAUCACAGAGGCAGAGCUGAGGGACAUGAUCACACAGAGAGAAAAGAAGGUGCAGGACAUCAGGACAUCACUGGAGAACAUACAGGUGUGUGCGGAGCAUGAGACAGCAGGCAGCAUGCAUGUGUUCUCUGCCCUGGUGAGCUCUGUGGAGAGGAGCCAGGCAGAGCUGUUGGAGGUGAUAGAGAUGUCACAGCGGGCUGCACAGCACCGAGGACAGACCCUCAUCAGAGACCUAGAGCAGGAGAUCUCUGAGCUGAGGAAGAGAAGCGCUACCCUCACCCAGCUAGCCCAGUCUGAUGACUACGUACUUUUCUUCAAGACAUUCUCCACCCCGCCUCAGACCCGGGAUUGGUCGGAUGCUGUUGUGACCUCUGACCUCACCUCAGGGGCGGUGCUUCUGACUGUCAAUCAAAUGGUGGAGCGGUUUCGGGAGGAGCUCAAGAGACUGCCGGAGAUCUGUCUGCGUCCUCAACCUCAAACAGACCAAUCCGUGGGGAGAUAUAGUCCAAGGUUGCGUCCUCAACCUCAACCAGAACAAUCUGUGGGAAGAUGUAGUCCAAGUUUGCUUUCUCAACCAAACUAUGCUGUCGGAAGAACUAGUCCAAAUUUACCUUCUCAACCAGACCAGUCGUUGGGAAGAAGUAGUCCAAGUUUGCGUUCUCCACCUCCACCAGAACACUCUGUAGGAAGAGAUAGUCCAGAUUGGCUUUCUCAACCUCAACCAGACCAGUCAGUGGGAAGAAAUCCAAAACCAAAGGUGAGGAGAGUGCAGGAAUAUGCAGUGGACAUAACCCUGGACCCCCUCACCGCCCACCCACGCCUGCUCAUCUCCGACGACGGCAAGCAGGUGCGCUGCUGGGACCGCUACCAGCACGUGGCGGACGGCCCUGAGCGCUUUGACCGUGUGGUCUGCGUCCUCGGGCGCCAGGCCUUCUCUUCGGGACGCCAUUACUGGGAGGUGGAGGUGGGUGGGAAGACGGACUGGGACCUGGGCGUGGCUAGCCACUCCAUCAACAGGAAAGGGAAGAUCAUAGUAAGCCCUGCCCACGGCUACUGGUUCCUGAGUCUCCGGGAUAAGAACGACUACGCGUUCCGAACGGAACCGUCGACAGCGCUGGGCCUCAACCACAAACCCAACCGUAUAGGGAUCUACGUAGACUGUGAUAAGGGACAGGUGUCCUUCUAUAACGUGGACGCUAAGAUGCUCAUCUAUACAUUCACCGACAGCUUCUCGGAUGUCAUUCAUCCCUUCUUCAGCCCUUGCACCAAUAAGUCUGGCAGGAACGAGGCGCCGCUCAUCAUUUGUCCUGUCUCGAUGCCUCUGGUGGACUGAGAUGGGUUUUCGUUUUUUGUUAAUUCCUUAAGGUAGUUUCAUUCAGUCUGUCCUUGUUCAAUGUUCUUCACUGAGCCAAUAGGACGGGACUGGAUAGGUCAAAGCAAUAUGGUGGAAGCUAUAGCUGAUGCGCCCAAUAUACCCAGAUGUCUCAUGUCAACAUAGGGAAGGGAACAAGGCCAGAAGAGAGGGAACAAUUUUGUGGAAUGAAAUACAGUCUCUUAGAACCAUUCAUAAUGACCUCCUCUGUUCUAUGGAGCUGACCAAUGGAUAAUCUGGAUACUGAGUCUGGAUCGGACUGAUCAU